CUUUCUGAUGGCGUUUGUUUGGCUGCUUUUGCUGCCGUCUGCAGGACCCGAGGCUCUAGGUCACUCGGUGGAGCGGAGCUUAGAGAAACUGGAAGGAGCCCGAGGGGGCGCCGUCCACACUGCCCAGGAGUGAGUGGGUUGCGGAACCCGCUUCCGGGAUUUUCGGCCUAGGUCUCCGCCAUUAUCCCGCGCGUCUCCUGGCACCACCGCGCCCACAGGGUCCUAUGUCAACCAACGCAGUGCAGGACCCGGCCCAGGUUCCCAUGGUAGCAGCAUUUAUGGUCCCUGGACAGGGCCAUGUGAUCUUUGAGGAUGUGGCUGUGUCCUUCUCCCAGGAGGAGUGGGGUCUCCUUAACGAUGCUCAGAGACUCCUGUACUGUGAUGUGAUGCUGGAGAACCUGUCACUUAUAGCCUCCCUGGGGUGUUGGCGUGCAGUAGGUACUGAGGAGGCCACUUCUGAACAAUGUGUUUCUGUAGAACAAGUGACACAAGACAGGAAUCCAAAUCCAGACCUAUCUAUCCUGAAGACUCUUACUUCAGAUACGGGUACCCUGGUAGAGAAAGACGUUUUGUACCUGGCUGAGCACCAAGGAGUGCAUCCUGGGCUGAAACCAUCCUCUUCUGGGGCUUGUGGGAAAAUGUUCACUUCUCACCUACAACAGCACCAGAAGCAGCCCAGUGGAGAGAAACACCUCAGCAGGGAAGAGAAUGGGGCCUUGCUUGUGACAAGCUGCAAAGUCUUUUUACCCGACAAUAUGUUCACAUGCGGAGAGGCUGAGAAGGCUUUCCUAGGCAGCUUGGGCUUUCCCCAGCACCAGCCCUCCCACGAUGGACAGCAUCCACGUAGAAGCAGGCAGAGCAGGGAGGUCUCUCACCCUGGGCAAGGGCAUUACGAGUGCAGCGAAUGUGGCAAAGCCUUCAGUAAGAAGUAUAAAUUCAUGGAGCACCUGAGAGUUCACACAGGAGAAAAACCUUAUGGGUGCACCGACUGCGGGAAGUUCUUCAGACUCAGGGGGGGUCUUUCUCAUCAUCGGAGAGUUCACACAGGAGAAAAGCCUUUUGAUUGCAGUAAAUGUGGGAAAGUCUUCAUCUACAAAUGUAAACUUGUUCAGCACCAAAGAGUCCACACUGGAGAAAGACCCUAUGAGUGUAAUGAAUGUGGGAAAGCCUACGCCCGCAAGGAUUCACUUGUCCAGCACCAAAAGGUCCACACUGGAGAGAAACCUCAUAAAUGCAGUGAAUGUGGGAAGCUCUUCCUUUACAGAAAUAAACUUCUUGUGCACCAGAGGAUCCAUACUGGAGAAAAGCCUUUUAAGUGCACCGAAUGUGGGAAGUCCUUCAGUUAUAAAACCAGUCUUAUUAUCCACCAGAGAACCCACACUGGAGAAAGACCUCAUAUGUGCAGUGAGUGUGGGAAAGCCUAUGUCAACAAAAAAAGUCUUAUUGUACACCAGAGAAUUCACAAUGGAGAAAAAGUUUAUGGGUGUAAGAAAUGUGGGAACUUCUUUAUAAGCAGCUUUGCCCUCAAUAAACACCAGAAUGUUCACACUGCACAAAGGCGUUAUGAGUGCAGCGAAUGUGGGAAAGCUUUCAAGAGGAAAAUCAGACUUGCUGAGCACCAGAGAAUCCACACUGGAGAAAGACCCUAUGAGUGUAAUGAAUGUGGGAAAGCCUUCAAGCUAAAGAAUACACUUGUUAGCCACCGAAAUGUCCACACUAGAACAAAGCCUUUUCAGUGCAGUGAAUGUGGGAAGCCCUACAGUAACAAAACAAGUCUUGCUGUCCAUCAGAGAAUCCACACUGGAGUAAAGCCUUUUCAGUGCAAUGAAUGUGGGAAGCCUUACAGUUACAGAACAAGUCUUAUUGUCCACCAGAGAAUCCACACUGGAGAAAGGCCUUAUGAGUGUAGUUCUUUGUAUGUAGCUCCAAGCUCAUAAAAAAGAGGAAAGUUCACACUGGAGAAAUGCCUUCUGGACUUAUGUGUUCCUUCACUUGAGUUAAUAUCUAGCACCACAACUCCUGUGUUGUAGAGUAGGUGAAUGUUUAACUUAUGUGGGGUCAGUCAGACUUUUUAAAGUGGUAGUAUCCUUUUACAGUCUCGCCAGAAACACCAGAACCCAAGUUCCCAUUCUUUCCAUUCUUACCAACACUUGGUAUGUGCAGGCUUUCUGACCUUUGUGACACCAUAGGUGUAUAGUGGUAUCGAGUGAUUUUAAUUUGCAUUUCCCUAAUGACAUGAUGCUGAGUGGUCUUCCAUGUGUUAAUUUCCAGCCAUAUAUUGUUUUUGAAAUUUCUGUUCAUUUGAUUUGUUGUUUUAAUUACUGAGUUUUGACAUUUCUUCAUGAAUUAUUAAGGUCCUGUAAUGGAAACACUUAGCCAUACAUUCUUCCAGAAUUGGUCUUUUCAAUCACUUUUCCAGAGAAAAAGUUCUUAAUUUUAGUGUAGUCUAAUUUGUCCAUUCUUAUACUUUUUCCCUUGUUUCUUCCUGUAACUUUUAUGGUUUAAGGUUUUUAUUGAUGUAAAUGAAUCAUUUUCAAUUAAUUGUGGGAGUUAUUUUUUAAAAUAUAGAUACCCAAUUGCUGCAGUGAUACUGAUUUAAAAGAUUAUACCUUUUCCCCUGAAUUGCUUUUGUAUCUUCAUCGAAGGUCAAUCAUUUAUGUAUAUGUUUAUUUCUGGAAUUUCUAUUCUGUUGCAUUUAUCUACUUUACUUAUGCCAGUAUUUUCAUCUAUUAACUAAUUUGUUUUUAUAGUAUGUCUUGAAAUCAAGGUUGUAUACUCCUUUGACUUUCUUUUUUUUUCAGUCAUUAUAACCUUUCUUGGUUCUUUGCCUUUCCAUAUGAAGUUUAGAAUCCACUUUUCAGUUUAUACAGCACAAAAAUCCUACUAGGAAUUUCACUGGGAUUGCAUUUAGUCUUCAAUUUAUUCUUAUUUUUUGGCUGUUCCGCACAGCUUAUGGGAUCUUAGUUCCCUGAUCAGCAAUUGAACCUGGGCCAGGGCAGUGAAAGCGCUGAGUCCUAACCACUGGACCUCCAGAGAAUUCUCCUAAUCUUCAAUUUAGAAAGAAAUACUGAGUGUCCCAAUCCAUAAACAUGAUACAUCUCCUUUUAUGUAGAUCUUAUUUAAUUUUGAUGGAAAUGUUUUUAGAUUUCUUUUUAUAGGUCUUGCAUAUGUAUUUUCUACAUUUGAUAAUAUUGUGAAUGGGAAUUAAAAAUUUUUUUUUCUUUGUGAAAUGUUCAAUGCUAGUACACUGAGAUAUCAAACUACGGAUAGAAGUGAGCCUUCUUAAUCCUACAACAUCUACAAAGAGCUAUCAGAAAUACUAUACCUUUGAACCAUUAUUAAACUAUUGCCAUUAGAAUAAAAGGAGGACAGCUGCUGAUUGUUCUCUUAUUCAGUAUCAUCCUGGAGUUCCAAUUUCAUUCAAUACAAAAAAAAAAACGGCAAAAUAAUGAAUAUGUAGCAAUUGGAAAGGAAGAAAGAAGCCACCUAAAAUAUGUCUUCAGUUUUCAUCUUUACUAUGAAUCCAAAUGUGGACACUCAUUUUAAUGCCUCAACCCAUCGUAAACUCAUAAUUUUUUCAUCACCCAUUCGCUGACCUUCUUACUUCCUUAGAACCCAUCACCUUCUAUUACACUAUGCAACUUAAUAUCAUAGAAGAACUGCUUAUUUUAUUUUUCUAUCAAAUACAGAGUAAGUUCCAGUAGGAAAAUAUGUAUUUACAUGUUGUGCACUGAUACAUUCUGUAUUCCUAGAAACAUGUCUGAAACACAUACGGUACUUUUUUAUUUUUGGCCUCACUGCACACCAUGUGGGGUCUUAGUUCCCGGACCAGGGAUCAAAUCCUUGCCCCCUGAAAUGGAAGCACAGAGUCUUAACCACUAAAACGCCAGGCAAGUCCCCCAUGUGGUACCUACUGACAUCUUAAAAUACAGAACAAAAUGAUAAUGCACAUUUAACAUUCAUUUGCACAACUGUGGGUAUACUUUAUAACUCUCCUCACCCUGCCUUUUCCUUCAGUUUUACUACCAUGAAUGCUCUGAGUUAUAGGAAGAAAUUAUGUUUUGUGAAAAGCCUUUAAAUCUACUAAAAAAUCCCCAGUAGGCAUUUUAGUGGUUUCCUUCUCUCACUUAUUAGAUGUCAGGUGUUUUUUUUUCCCCUCACAUUCCAGUGGGAUUUUGAUUAUUUCAAAAACCAGUUUUCCACCAUCAAUUUCUGCCACUCCUCAUGGAUAUCUCAUUAAGCACUUUUAUUAUUAUUAUUUUUUAGUUUAUUUAUUUCUUUUUGGCUGCGGUGGGUCUUCGUUGCUGUGCGCGGGCUUUCUCUAGUUGCAGCCAGUGGGAACUACUCUUCGUUGCAGUGUGCGGGCUUCUCUUUGGGAUGGCUUCUUUUGUUGUGUAGCAAGGGCUCUAGGUGCGUGGGCUUCAGUAGUUGUGGUGCAUGGGCUUAGUUGCUCCGUGGCAUGUGGGAACUUCCCGGACCAGGGCUCGAACCCAUGUCCCCUGCGUUGGCAGGCGGAUUCUUAAUCACUGCACCACCAGGGAAACUCUAAGUACUUUUUAAAGCUCUGGGUAGUUACACAGUCUCAAAUGUUUUUCAGAGUUUGUCUUCUCUCUCCAUAUGCAGACACUGUCAGUGCACUUACAGGUGAUGUAAUCAGUUCCAAGGAGCAGAUGACAUAGUGGGGUUCUAAACCUUUAUCUCAGGCUUACGUGUCCCCAUUGCACACUCAGAUGCUGGCAAGGCAUCCUUGUUACGGGAGCAAAUACACAUUUGGUAAGUAUCUCUUCAGGUAUCUGAUUCUUAGAAAACAUUUAUGUCAGGAAACCGGAAAUUAACUAUUCUUAAAAUAGAUUUCACUUCCUGAGGUCAGGACAAUAAAAAAGGAACCACCUUAAAUAGGUUAUAUAUAUAGAUAUAGACAGACAUAAGAACAAAGGCAUAAAAACAGUAAAGGCAUUUGCUGAGCAAACGAGAGGCAUGUUGCCCCUCAUCAACGUCCAUCAGAAGUGCCUGACACUUCCCCUCUCUCCUCAGUUGCAUUAUUUUGAAACUUGUUUCACUGGCUUCUCACUAAACACACUGAUCAUAAACAGGGUUCACUGUAGAGGCUUCAAGAUAAGGUAGGUUGUGAGUAAUAAGGUGAAGAAGAUGAGCUCCUACUCUGAGUAGAUGCCUAGUGUCUGUGGUAUCUGCUGAUGAGGGGCAUGUUGUGUCAUGGAGACUUUAAUGAUGUGUCUCUAAAUUUUUAUCCUUGGCAGAAGGCUGUUCAUUGCAUCUCAAGUACUUGGAUGUUCUCUUUAUCAUAGUAAUCAACACUCUCUACCCUCCUAGGGCCUUCGCUUCCAUUCCUCACCUAUAAAAAUGGAUCCAUUCUUCUGUCAUCUGUAUGUCUAUCAUCCACCUAUAUGUCUAUCAUCUAUAUAUCAUCUUUGCCUUAUUGUGAUUUCAUCUCAAUGACAUGUCCCAUUUGUAAGAUAAUUUUCUUAAACAGAAAAUAAAAAUUUGGACCAGACAUCCUCUUAGAAGAAUGGAGUCACCCUGCACUCAAUGAGAACAGGGCAUUUAAUUUAGACCCUUCCUGUGUCUCUGCAGGACCUCUAUGAUCAGGGGAAGUUGUCAAUCAUUACUACCUGUGACUCACUGGAGGUCUUUCUUUUUUUUUUUUUUGCGGUACACGGGCCUCUCACUGUUGCGGCCUCUCCCGUUGCGGAGCACAGGCUCCGGACGUGCAGGCUCAGCGGCCAUGGCUCACGGGCCCAGCCGCUCCGCGGCAUGUGGGAUCCUCCCGGACCGGGGCAUAAACCCGUGUCCCCUGCAUCGGCAGGCGGACUCUCAACCACUGUGCCACCAGGGAAGCCCACUGGAGGUCAUUAAGAGUGGAUUGAUCCACAACCUCAGCAAUGUCAUGGUUGUUAGACUCUCAGGUUUACCCACACUCCCAAAUUCCCAAGGGAAAUUCUACUGGCAUAUG